AUAUUUAUUUACAAGAUGUUAUAAAAUCGGAAUUUUAUCUACCGCUAGAUCAAAACGAAUAUUCAAAAAGAGGAUUAUUUCUUAACUUUAUGGAUUAACUUUUUACUAUUAAUAGCUGCUCGAACGUUAAGUUAACUAGGUAUAUGUUAAGUUAAUGAAAUGAGAAUAGUACCAAUUUUGUUUGUAGUGUUGUCAUGUUGGGGAGUUUGUUCUGGAAUGCACGGUGUGGUAAACAAAAAAACUUUUAAUCCAAAUAUUUCAAGAAGAUGUAGUUAUACAGUCUGCUGUCCAGUAAUGUUAGAUUGCUGCUUUAUCAAUACAUUUUGUUGUAGGAAUCACGUAAAAAAAUGUGCGGCAUCAUUGUGUGAUAGCAAAUACGUACACUGAUCAUUGAAGUUUCAUCUCGUACAUUAAAAAUAUUUUUAAAUAAGUUAAGAUGAAAAAAAAAUUGAAUGUUAUAAGUACUUAUCAUUAUGAAAUAUACAAGGAGUUAAAUUCAGGUAAUUAUUUCGGCAACAGCGGCUUAAACAUAACACAGUAGAAAAUACAGGAAAUUAUUUAUUUCUACCAAUAAAGGUAAAUGUAUAAAUAAUUACUAAUUACUUGAGCUAUAAAGGCAAAUAUUUUUUUGAAAAUGUAGAAUAAUUUAUGAGUUUAAACUUGAACUCAUUAAACUACUGUAAAACUCAUUGAAAUAUUGAAUAAAACAAAUUCUAGUUCUUGAAGUCCAAUACAUUGAAAGUUGACUGAAAAACAAUGGCUACAGCAUUUGUGAGAAAGAAGAAUAGAUCUUAAAAUAAUUCAUCACAUUUUAUGAAGUUCCUAUAUCUAACUGAUAAUAAAUUAAUUUAUAAUUUACCUUUUAUUCUUAUUUUUUAUAAUCCAUGUUCUGUUAAGCCUAUU